GGCUGCUCAGGCGGCCGGCUUUGUGUCGAUUGGCUGACGGCCGGGGCCCGCCCCGCCGGGGGCCGAGCGGUGCGUUUGGGCUGGAGAGUUGUUGGCGGAGCGGACUCGGGAGCUGCUGCCGCCCGGCAGCGCGUGCCGGGGACGGUGCGAGGCGCUCCCGCCACGGCGCCUCCCGCUCGGCGGGCCGCUCCCCUUCGCCUCAGCCGCGGGGAGCGGGCCCGGGAUGGCCGCCUCGGGCGGGCUGGAGCGCGGCGCGCUGGUCUGAGCUGAGCGGAGCCGAGCGGAGCCAGCCGCGGCCGCCUGCGAGGGCCAUGUCGUCGGGAGGGGAGCCGGGCGCGCUUCGCCUGCGGGAUCCGACCGGGGCGGCUGCCCUGUCAGCGCCCGGCAGCGCCUAAGCCUGUGCCGCGCAGCCCCCGCGCAUCGCCAUGGACGAGCGCUUCAACAGGUGGCUGCUGCCGCCGCUGCUAGCGCUGCUCUUCUUGCUCAUCGUCUACCAGUACGUGUCGCCCGCCUGCCCCGGCGCCGCCUGCCCCCGGCGCCCGCCGGCCUCCGCCGCCCGCCGCGGGGGGGGCCCGGCGGAGCGGGAGGAGGAGGAGGCGGCGGCGGCGGCGACAGUAGGCGCUGCGGAGGAGGAGGUGGCGGCGGCGGCGGGCGCGCUGCCGCGGCUGGUGGCCAAGUUCCCGUUCGCGCGGGGGGAGCUGUGUCGGCGGGUGCAGUUCGACAUGCGGGGCCGCGACGUGAUCGUCUUCCUGCACAUCCAGAAGACGGGCGGCACCACCUUCGGGCGGCACCUGGUGCGCAACAUCCGCCUGGAGCAGCCCUGCUACUGCCGGGCCGGGCAGAAGAAGUGCGCCUGCCACCGCCCGGGCGGCGACAAGGACACCUGGCUCUUCUCCCGCUUCUCCACCGGCUGGAGCUGCGGGCUGCACGCCGACUGGACCGAGCUCACCAGCUGCGUGCCCGCCGCCAUGGAGCGCCGCGGCUGCGCCGGCAACCGCACCCUCAGGAACUUCUAUUACAUCACGAUGCUGAGGGAUCCGGUGUCACGGUACUUGAGUGAAUGGAAGCAUGUCCAGAGGGGUGCGACGUGGAAAACUUCCCUUCAUAUGUGUGAUGGAAGAAGCCCAACACCAGACGAGCUGCCUACCUGUUACGAAGGAGACGACUGGUCGGGAGUCAGUUUACAGGAAUUCAUGGAUUGUAGCUACAACUUGGCCAACAACCGCCAGGUGCGCAUGCUGGCAGACCUCAGCCUGGUGGGAUGCUACAACCUGACUUUUAUGAACGAGAGUGAAAGAAAUAUGAUUCUUCUCCAAAGCGCCAAGAACAAUCUGAAAAAUAUGGCCUUCUUUGGGCUCACAGAAUUUCAGAGGAAAACACAGUAUCUCUUUGAGAGGACAUUCAACCUGAAGUUCAUUUCUCCAUUCACCCAGUUCAACGUUACACGGGCCUCCAAUGUCGACAUUGGUGAGGACGUGCGGCAGCGGAUAGAGGAGCUGAAUUUCUUGGACGUGCAGCUGUACGAAUAUGCGAAGGACCUGUUCCUGCAGCGCUUCCAGUACUCCAAGCAAGAAGAACAUCAGAAGAACCGGCUAAAGAGGCGCGAGGAGCGGCGGCUGCUGCGGGAGCAGAGAGCUCACCAGUGGCCAAGAGAAGAGGCAGUAGAAGUAGCCGUUACUGAAGACUAUAAUAGUCAGGUUGCAAGGUGGUGAUGCUCCUCCAUCUUUACAAACUGGUGAGAGGAUCAGUGAGUUUGUGCAACAUGGCUACCUGGGAAUUAGCCAUGGAAGGCCUACCACUUUAGUAAAUGAGAUCACGCCUGACAACUACCCCUCCUUGUCUCAGUUUUUCUUGUUUUCUGCCAGUGAGGAGAAUGUAUUUUUUUCUCAACAGGCAUUGAUUAGUGUUAUUAAAUGGCAGCAGAAUACAUUCCUGUCCAAAAAGACUUCCUUCAAAGCCCUAAGCUAUGAGAAUGUGUUGAAGAGAGAGCUAUAUCCUUUGCGUUGACAGAUACAAUCUGAGCUACCAAAACUUGCACAGACAUGAAUGAAAAAUUGGGAAAAAAUAACUAGUUUGGUUGCUCUGUGACAUGAGAGCUGGUUUAUUUCAUACUGUCCUUUGCAACUGUAGUGUGUAGCUUUCUAGUGAAUGAAAUGGAGGAAAGCACAUUGCCCUUCCAACUUCUACAUGCUGUGUUUUAAUUAAGGGAAGAAUUUUCUGAGUUGAUCGAAAAAAGACCUAGGAAGUGUGGGAUUGGGGCAUGGCUUGUUCUGUUCUGUUAGCCAGUAAUCAGAGAUGAUUUGUACGUGAAGUGCUGGAAGGGUUAGCUGAUUUCUCCACAGAUGCUGAGAGCACCGCACCCAGCCAGAUAGCAGCCGUCUUUCUGAGUGUGUGUGUGUGGCAAAGGGAAAGCCUUGAGAAAUGAGGUUCGUGCGGCAGCUGGGCACCCGUCGCAGAGAUUAUCGCGUUGCAGGCAAUGAAGUCAGCCUUCACAUUCACAAAAGGUGAAGAGGGGCUAAGCAAACUACAGGGAAGAGGAAAGAGAGAGCAGGGAAAGCUUAAAUAUUAGUGUGACAUUUUCCAGAUUUGCUGUAAAAGCCUGGAGAUACAUUGUCUGUGAAGGUAGGCAGGUCUAUGAUACUGUCUGUUAAAAUACAUUGAUGCCGAGUGAAUACAAUUUAAAUUGGUUUUCUCUCUAACUACAGUAGUGGCUAGAAAAAAGACAGCUUUCAUUUUUAUAGGAUACAUAAUGGAUAUGUGGAAAGUCUUGGUAUUUAUUACUCUGUAUAAAGAUUCUUUGUAAAUUUAUUGUUUUGAUGAUGAGAGAUCUGUAUCUGGUUUUCUUCCCUGUCUAGAAAAGGAUUCAAUGGGUUCUUCCUCCACACGUUACAUUCUUGUGAUGAAACUGCAUCUAUUUAUUCCAAGAUUUUAUGUUGUUCCAUUCGUAAUAGUGAAAUUUUAAAAAGAAGGUCCUGUGCACCACAGAUUUUUGAGAGAGUUUUUUUCCUUCUUUUUCUGGCAUAAAUGUAAAGCAUUAGGAGGAAAUUUCUCUAAGUGCCUCACCAUGGCUGCUAAAUCAAAAUGCUGAAAGUAUAUUAUUGCAUGCAUGAAUGGCUUUUACCUUACAGAUUUGCUAAUUAGAAAUACCAGAGUACCUGAUGUGGAUGCACAUUUCUCAUUUAUUUUCAAAAGUCAAGCUUUUUAUCUGGUUGGUAAAAAAAAAGUAAUGUGUUACAGAAAAAAGAGGCUGAAUUUCAAAAUUUGUCCCUUCAUUUCCAAGUCUUAUUUUUUAAGUGCAUGCGUUGUCUUCUUUUCCUCUGACAAUGCUGUUGCUACUUAUCUAUGCACAAUAUCAAAAAUACAAUCUAUCGAUCCUGUUGAGAGUUAAUACAUACAAUAAUACAUUAAAAAUGGAAUAUCAUAAUGGCUAUUAAGAAGUGAAGAGGGCUACCGGGAUGAUGCCUCAUUCUCAAUGUAGUUUUUUAGCAAUAUGUUGCUUUACCCCUGAUUGUCAAUGUGCUGCUUUUGGGGUGAGUAGCAGUGGGUUUUGGUCCCUAAUGUCUGUUCCACUGGUGCAUCAUGUGCAUCUCCUCCCACCUCCACAUUCAGAAGGGAGAAUGCAGGACCACAGAUUGUUAUUCUUCUGCCUGAGCAUGGGAUAACUGCCUUAGAGAAGAGUGAGGAGCUCUCUAGACCCUGGACGGUACUGCUUGGAUCUCCAUCGCCUGGAAGAGGCACUUAGACACCUCGCUCACACAUGGACACCUACCUUCAGAGAUUUAAAUUGAAAUGUUUAUAGUCUAGGAUGGAAGCUCUCUCUGGAUGUCCUGGCUGCAGGACAGCAAGGCCAUGAAGAGCUAAGCCUGAUCAGUAUUAUUGCACCUUUAGCGCGGUGCAGGUAAUUUGUAGUGAGCUGACAUCUUACCCUCUGGCACAAGGGCUUCAGGCUGGGCUGGCCCUGGCCCUGCGGAGGGAAGGAUCUUUCUGGCUGGUGAUGCAGGGACAAUAGGACCUGCCACAUCUCCCCAAUCCUGGGUCCAUUGCUACGUCUUGCUGCAGACCCCACAGCAAGAGUGGGGAAGGAUGCCUUUGGCACCUGAUACUCUGUGCCCAGAAUUUGCAGGUGUGCCCCUUGUUUCCAUGAGCACAGGGGGCUAGGGGUGCCUGGGGGACACCAAAGGCCCCCACAACAGAGGCAGAGGCAGGGUGGGCAGUGGUGUGGGACAUGCAUGAGAGGCAGGUCUGGCAGACAGGUUGCGGGGGCUUGGCAGGAGGCAAGGCUGGGCAGGAGAGAAGCCAGCCACACGGGAGGAAAGAUGCAAGGCCAAAUUCACAUUAAGGAGGAAGGUAAGCAAAGGACUAGAAUCAGUCCCAGCCCAUCUUUUGUUUUAAAGCAUCCCUUCUUUUUCUUCCUAAGCACAAAAGUAGGAUCCCUUUUCUUGUGUCCCUGCCUCUUUCCCCAGCGGGCCACCUCUCUGUACUGCUCACGGCAAUGAGGGCCUCGUUUUUUCAUGGAGAAAAUGCAGUAUUAGCUUUUCAGGGAAGAGGAGACAGAGCUCAGAAAUGGUCCCCGGGAGCCUCACCAGUGACUCAGUUUCAGCUGUCUAAGCACACCAGCCAUUUUCCAGACUAUUCCUUCUGCCCGACGCAAAACAAAGCCUAAUGAGGAAAAUCAAAGCGGUCUAUGGGCAGUUUACAUUUGCUUUAAUAGUUUGGCAAUACCUUAAUAUAAUGCCUAACCUUUUCAUCAGUCAUUUCCCAGGAGACAACAUUAGGGUCCUGAAGAGCUGUUAAUGUGCUGUGCCAUCUAUGUUAAUGGGAUUUGCCUUAAUGCUUGGGAUUUAGUUAAAAUUUAAGUUGUUUGGUUGGGUUUAUUUCCCUGGAGCCUGUGUAGUGGUAGCCCUGGUUGUGCAGUAGCUGAGGCAGGGGGGCAGCCAGCAGCUGGGAGCUUGCCCGGAGUCCCUGGGACUGGGGGACCUGGUACCAACAAUACUGUUUUUCUUCGCAGAAUUUCCUGACACACGACAAAUAAAGCAGUUUGGAAAUAUUUUCAGGCUGAUUUCUAAGACACAGGCUUGCAGCUUUUUUCCUCUUGGGCAUUCCACCUGAAAUAAUGUAACGCAAAAGCAAAAUAAAGGCCCUGGAUCAUAUCUCUGUUAUUCCAAGUUUUCAUUGCUCUGACAGCACAGACUUGCACUGGCUCAUAUAAGAUCGGAGCGCAGCAUGUUUCUUUCAAAACCUUCAUAAGCAACAAUGCUAUAGGAUUUCUGUCCAUCUUCCUGGCAUUAUUUUGUUGCUUAAACAAGGCAAUUUGGCUUCUGCUACUGUGGUGCUGAAACAAAUCUCAUUCUUUUGUAAUGGAGAUGUACUUGCUAAUCUCUCCCAUCACCUCCUCGGCACUGGCUGCCUUUUCCAGCUAUAAUUCACUGUAGGCUUGGAGCAGACAGAGAAGCAUGCUGUGUCGUUAAAACUUGUUCCCAGUAAUCUGAUGUCUACUUCAAGAACUCGGCCUGUUGCCUAUGGGCCGUGCUUUAUUAAGGAAUGAAAAUUUGUCCUCUCUUCCCCACUCAUCAUUGCUAACAAUAAAAAGCUUUUUCACUAUGGGGAAAGAAAAGAAAACACCUUUUCUGAUGCGGGGUAUUCUUCACUGCCGUUGUGUUAAUAGUGAGGCUGCAAUAGCCCUGCUAGGCAUUCUACCCAAUAUGCGGUAGUUAUUUGCAGUUCACUAAAAACAGAUGUAUAGAACAAAAAAGUGAUGGAGGUCAGAUCCAGGGCCAAACUUCCUAACUGCAGCAUAUCCGCUCAACCAAACCAAACGGCAGGUCACAUCACCUUUACAUCUGGAGAUGUUUCAGAUUUGAUGUCCACUGCUAAACCAGGAGUUUUCUCAAGCUGGCCUUCUCGUUAACACAUGCUUUAUUCUGCAGUAGUGGGUUCUUGUUUCCCACCUGCAGUCUUCUACCAGUUACAAGCACUGAUGUUAUAAAACUUAUCUUACUGGCACUUUUUUUCCCCUCUGUUGCUGUUCCCUUGAUAUAUGUAGAAUUAUUCUUUUUCAGUCUGGGAUAAGGAAUAUCUUGUUUCCAGGCUGGUGGAGACUACCCCAUACGAGACGAACAAUCACAAUAAAAUCGCUCUGCUGGAGCAGAUUGCUGUAUCCUCCCUACAUGUGGCAAAAGCAUACUCGGAAAAGGUACCCAGUUUCCAAUGAAACACUUCUUUCAGUCUGGUUCUUGUAAUACUUUCUUUGUUGAUACUUUGUGGAGGGUGAUGAGUUUCAUAGCCUACAAUGUCCUUGGCUUUCUUCUUGACCAUAUCACUAGCUCUGUGAUUUCAAAUAAAUGUUGGAAGUGAGAAAAAAAAAAAUCAAGAGUGCCCAUCAGUUGCUAUAUUUAAGAUGAAGGGGUAAAUCAAUAGGCUGUAAAUUACUUUCUUAUUUAGGAAUUUUCCUUCUGUUUAUGUGCAAUAAUGUGUGUGAACUCUGCUACUAAGAGAUUGUAUUGUGAGUAACCAUAUCUACUUUUAUUCCUAUUUACAAGAUAGUUUGUAGAUAUAGGGAUUUUCAUUGAUGUAAAGCACAAUUUAAUGAAUUAUUUAAUGUGUUUAACCAUUGUGAUGUCAAAAGCAAUUGUUUUCAUAUAUUUAUUUAUUGGUGGUUUUCUGUAAAAUGAUGCUCAUUAAGAAAUCUGUUAAAAAUGAAGAAAUUUUGUUGAGUAUUGUUGGGUCCAUAUUUAUGAGAAACAAAUAAACAUUGUUCGCGUUUUUGAAACACUAAA